AUGAAUCAAGUAGCAACAGAGUACGAGCGAAAGCAUGUGUAUCGCAUUGAAUGCAAUGACUGCAGCUCAGUAUUGACAGAUCGUGGCAUGAACGCUGUGUUAUUAUCGGAUAGAUCUGUCCAGCUAUUUUCAACGGAUCUAGUGCCUGAUAGUGUUGCAUUUGUUCACGGUGAUUAUGCUGCUGCAUCAUGCUCAUGCCGUGUACGAGAUAUUGCAUGCAAAAACUGUGGCAAUGUGGUAGGCUAUCAUGUCAAUGUGCCAUGUAAGCUCUGCUUAGGUCAACCAAACAAUGGGCAUUAUUGGAUGUUUCGUAGUUUUGAUAUCAAAGCACAGCAAAUAUUUGUCCAAUUGGGUCCCAAAGGCACGGAUCUACCUUUGCUCUGGGGAUUUGUUCGCGAUGCUGGUGAUUUCUCUGGCGGAUUCUUUAGAUCAGGAGAUGCCGCUGCAGCUAAAUUGUCCUGUCAAUUAUCGGUUCAUUUAGCUUCAUCCGUGCCAUUAGUGGUACAUGAUCCUGUUGUGAAACAUGUCAUGGCACAAACAUUCCAUGAUAACGACAGUGUACACUUACAGCAUGUUUAUUACUGUAGAUAA